UUUAGAUUUACUUUUUUCUUUAAAAGUACUUGAAAGUCACACCAACAGUUAAAUUUUGUCAUUCUUUGAGCUACAAUUUUAAAUAUUAUUCAGCAACACUAAUUUGCUUUUAUGAGUUUACAAUAAUCAUAAAUAUAAAAUAAAUAAAGUUUUGGCAACUCUCACUUUUGUAAAGGAGAAAAGUAAAUUAUCUGAACUAAAGAUUGUUAGUUGGCAAAAAUGUUCCAUGUGUGACAAAAUAAUCUUAACUCAAGGUCCACUACUUACUAGCUUUUUCAGACCUUUUAACCACAUCUUACGGUCUUCAUUCAGCGAAUGGAACUUUUAUAAUUUUACUCCAAACUUGAGCAUUUAAAUUUGUCUAAAACCUCAAACAUUUUGCAAAGCACAUUUUUCACGCAGGGUGUUUGUUAGUAUAGAAGCUACUGAAAAAUCAUUUAGAUGAUCAGACACAAUGCAUCCCACCUACACAGUAACCAAAAGACUUAGACUAACUUUACUGCAAGUUUUGCCCUUUUUAUGUAGCUGUUGUCCAUCAAGUGGUAACAAAAGCGGGAGCCAAAGUGGACAUUGACACUAAAAAACAAGAAUGUUUUUGGGCCUGUUUGUUGAAUUGUUGUUAGGUGUCUCAGCCUUACAGUAAGACCCUAGUAGUAGUCUCUUCAUGUCUUGCGUGCAAUUUAAUUCUGGUGGUGCAUUAAAUAUUUUAUUGUUACUUUUAUUGUGGUAAUAUUACAUUUUGUUUAAUUUAUUUGAAAUAUUUAAUUUUAAUAAAUAAGCACAGAGCUACAUCGGUCUGACUGUCAUUUCCAUAUGUCACCUGCAGGAUGCUACACUUGCUAUUACAAAACGAUAAAAGAUUUCAGCUGGGUGACAAACCUAUGCUCAUUUACAGAAUACACGGUGAAUAAAUAAACAGCCAGACUGCUGCAAGACUGCAUCUGGUUGAGACAGCUCCUGGGUCAUGUUUUAAAAAGAAAAAUAGCCAUGAACUUUGGUUGUUUCCUUAAAACUGACAUGGUCAAACAAUUACAGGAUACUUUGUGGUGGCUGCAUGUAUGUGUGUUUCCUUAUUGUGGGAGGUUCUGAGUCAUACAGCCCUCACCAGGGAGGAAGUUUAGGCAUUGAUAAGUGAGAUAUAUGUGUGUUGAUUCUUCUCUUGUGCAUGUUUAAAUACGUGUGUUCACGUAUCUGCAGUGUGUAGCAAGAAAGGAAAAUAACAGAAUGGGUAAACAGAUUUGCAGGCAAGUCAUGUUUUGGGUCUGCACACACACAGCUCUCUAGCAACCCCUAUUCUUAUAAAUAUACACACAUAUAGACGCACACACAGAGAAAAGCAGGGGAUUCCAAUCCGUCACAGAGAUGACAUCACAGCCUGCCAAUAAUAAACAGCUAAACAAGGGAGUCCCCACUUCCCCUCCCUCCUACACAUCCCACAGAAUGAAGAAAAAGAAAGAGAGAGAGAGAGAGAGAGAGAGAGAGAGAGAGAGAGAGAGAGAGAGAGAGAGAGAGAGAGAGAGAGAGAAAGAGAGAAAGAGAGAGAGAGAGAGAGAGAGAGAGAGAGAGAGAGAGAGAGAGAGAGAGAGAGCGAGCUGGGGUGAGUAACUCAUUAGUUCACAGAAAAGGGGGAGUGGGGGUUGGGAGAGAGAGAGAGUCCCUUUUAAGGGGUUCACACACACACACAAGAGUGCGCUGACACACGCACAAACACACUUUAGCUGUGUCUCCAUAGUGACUGACUGUGCUGCCCCGGCUUGGGGAGGAAAUGCCAAACUCAGUGCUUCAGAGCCGCUCCACCAGAAGCACACAAACACACACAGCUCUAUUCUAAUCCUCUGUCCGGCCAUGACGGAAAUACCUCUCCUCGUCUUAUCACUCUGCUACCUCCCUUUGUACGUUCUCUCCUUUUCCUGUCCUCCCCAUAUUUUCUUUUCCCUUCCACUCUCUUUUUUCUCACCCCCCCUCUCGCUAUAUCUCUCUGUCUCUCUCCCUCCCCUGUCAGUGGGAAUUUCACUGAAGUAGACAACAGAGAGAUGAAAGAGAAGAACUCCUGGCACACGCCUGUGACUAUCAUCAUCACUGUGAUUGGUGUCAUAGCGAUUGUUGCCUUGGUGACGGUGGCAGUUUUGCAGAACAGGCCUCUCCCCCAAAAGUACAAGUAUGGGAUUGUGCUGGAUGCCGGUUCCUCCCACACAGCUCUAUAUAUCUAUGAGUGGCCUGCAGAGAAGGAUAACAACACUGGAAGAGUUGAACAGACACAUUCCUGCAAAGUCAAAGGUCCAGGUAUCUCCAGCUAUGCUUCCGUUCCAUGGAAGGCAGGGGAGUCUCUGAGAGAAUGUAUGCAGGAGGCCAAGCAACGGGUCCCCGGAAAAAGACAUCACGAGACCCCUCUUUAUCUGGGGGCUACUGCAGGAAUGAGACUACUGAGUAUAGAGAACAGCUUGGCGUCAGACAAGGUCUUUCAGGCUGUGGAAGAAGCCCUGCUAAAGUUCCCCUUUUCCUAUCAGGGAGCGAGAUUACUCAGUGGCCAGGAGGAGGGCGCCUUCGGGUGGGUCACAGUCAACUACUUGGAUGACCGCCUCAAACAGGGUUUGGAAACCACAGGCGCCCUUGACCUUGGUGGGGCCUCCACUCAGAUUAGCUUUGUAUCUGAUAAUUAUGAUGGUUCAGAGUCACCUAGUAACUCUGUGACCUUCCGACUCUACGGAAAUGACUAUAACCUGUACACCCACAGCUUCCUGUGUUACGGGAAAGACCAAGUACUACGAAUGACGCUGGCACACCAGACUCAGUCAGGUCCAGGAACAAUAUUAGAUCCUUGUUUCCACCCUGGCUACACUGAGACAAAGAACUACUCAGCCCUCUAUGACAGCCCCUGUGUGUCAGACAGGAAACCCCAGAAAGCUCCUGCAACCUUCACUCACACGGGAGAAGGGAACUUCCUACAAUGCCAGAAAGUCAUCAAAAGUGUUUUCAACUUUACUUACUGCAAAUACAGCAGAUGCUCUUUCAAUGGGAUCUUCCAGCCACUUUUGCAGGGACCAUUUGGGGCAUUCUCUGCUUACUACUUUGUGAUGAACUUCCUCAAUCUGACUAAUACAUCCAUCCCUCUGGAAGCUGUCAAGGAAAAGCUAACACGCUACUGCGCUACCCCCUGGAAUCAGAUAACACGCAAGCAUCCGGAAGUAAAAUUGAAGUACCUGGCUGAGUACUGUUUCUCUGGCACGUACAUCCUCACCUUGCUGACAGAAGGAUACAACUUCACCUCAGAGACCUACUCCGACAUAAAAUUCAUCAAAAAGAUAAAAGGCAGUGAUGCAGGCUGGACGCUGGGCUACAUGUUGAAUCUGACCAACAUGAUUCCAGCUGAGGCUCCUGACUCUCCCCCUCUGCCCCACGCCGGCUACGUCUCCAUAGUCACUGUCACGGCAAUACUGCUCUUCAUCCUCGUCAUCAUCAGCCUGCGCCAUCUCUGGCCCUGCUGCUCCAAACAGCCACAGAUCGUAUAAACACACACAGAUACUGUAUAUGUAUGAGUGACGGUGAGGGAGGGAAUGUCUGUGAGGGCUUGUGAGUGUGUUGGUGUGGACUAUUAUACCAGUGUGUGAACAAUAAACUUUACAAUUUCCAGCCUUUGUGGGGAGGUCAAAGGUCAACGUCUGCUGUACAACAACAGAUCUGCAGCUUAUGUGGAUUCAAGGACAUUUCAGAAGGACAAAUACUUUCUCUCACUGGGGAGUUAGUUCUGCUUUCUCAUUGAAGGACAGUUUCUUUGUUUGUGUGUGAAUGUGUAUGUUUGAGUUUGAAUGUGUGAAUUUGAAUGUGUGCUUGAAUGUGUGUACCCACAUAAGUCUGCAUGUAUGUGUCUUGAAUUAGGAUGUGAAUAUGACACUGUAUGAAUAAAAUAUCCCAAGUUUAUAUAAAA